AUGGCGACUAGCGAUGGCGGCGCACAACCCGUGGCGGAGAAAGAGGAAGCUACGGCGGAUGACGGUUCACUGUUGGAUCUGGAGGAGGAGACGGCUGGGAUGGACGCAGACGCCGAGCCUGGCGAUGCGGAGUGCGACGCGGUCGAAGGCCUCCUCGAGAUUUCACCAUAUCGGAUCGCGGUCUGCUGGGGCGCGGGCUUAUCGCACGGCGGCUUCGCGUACAUGUGGUCGGGCGCGCGCGCCAACUACGGCAUCGCGCUUCGCACCCCGUCUGCCGCCACCCCCGCAGCAGCCUCGGGGGCAGCGGACGCCUCUGCGAGCACGGCUCAGGGGGGGGCGACAGGGCAAGGGGAGGGGGCAGUGAUAGCACAUGUGGGGUUGGAAGCAGCGGCGGAAGGAGCGGGGCCUGCCGCGACGGGAACGGCGAGUGCGCACGACGGAGGCGGCGGCAGCGGCGGGCGGUAUUGUUUCGCGUGCGUGGUGGAGGAGGAGCAGGCGCUGGACGCGCGGGUGCUGCGGGGAGGGGCGGCGGGCGCCGCAGCACCGGGAGGGGCAGCAGCGGCGGGGGAUAGGGCGCAAGCGGGCACAGGCGGGGAGACGGUUGUGGGAAUCCCGGAGGACGAGAGAUAUUUGUGUCGGAUAGGCGUGUCCACGUUGGAUGCUGACGUGGGGUCGCUGGGGGAGACACGUGACAGCUUUGCAUAUGGCAGCAGUGGGAAGAAAAUCACGGGGGGCGCGGUCGCCCCGUACGCGCGCCCCUGGGCGCGCGGGGACGUGGUGCUGUGUGCCGUGGACCUCCCUGCGCGCGCCCUCGCCUUCGCGCUCAACGGCGCCUGGCUCGGCGAGGCCUUCCGCCUCCCGCCUCUGGGGGGCGCUGCGGAGCUGGCGGAGGGGGGAGGAGGGGGGGAAGGGGACGAGGGGGGCGGGGUUGCGGGAGGAGGGGAGGUGGGGAGUGUUGAGGCGCGGGAUGAGGGGGAAGGAGUGGGGGCUGCUGCGGGGGAAGGGGGGGCGAUGGGGAAGGGGCGGCAGGAGGGGGGUGGGGGGCAAGGGGGAGAGGUGAAGGGAGCGGAGGGCGGUGAAGUUGAAGAAAGGAACGGAACGGAUGGAACAAUGGAAAAGAGCGGGGAGGUAGGGGAGCAGGGCAAAGGGGAAGGUGAGAAGGGCAAGGAAGGCGGUGAGCAGGGCAUUGAGGGAACAGAGCAAGGCAAAGAGGUGGGGGAGGCGGGAGGAGAGAAGGGUAGUGAAGGAAAGGCGGAGGGCGAAGGUGGAGGCGAGGAGAAAAAAGGUGGAGGGGAGAUGGGUAAGGUGGCAGGGGAGGAGGGCAAGGAGGGGACGAGAGAGGGAGGGGAUGCGGGCGAAAAUGACAAGGGCAGGAGCACAGAGAUGGAGGUAGAUGGUGGCGAGCAGGGGCGAGGGGUGGGGGGCACGGGGAGUGCCGGUGAUGCCACAGGGGAAGGCACCGUGAGUGGUGGUGGCGUGGAGGACGGGAAUGCGUGGUUGAAAGCAGCGCUCUUCCCCCACGUGCUCGUGAAGAAUGUCAAAGGUAAUGCGGGAUGCCUUGCCCCGCGCCCACCCUCCACUUCCCUCCCUCCCUCCACUUCCCUCCCUCCCUCCACUUCCCUCCCUCCCUCCCACCCUCCACUCCCCUCCCUCCCUCCCACCCUCCACUCCCCUCCCUCCCUCCCACCCUCCACUUCCCUCCCUCCCUCCCACCCUCCACUUCCCUCCCUCCCUCCCACCCUCCACUUCCCUCCCUCCCUCCCACCCUCCACUUCCCUCCCUCCCUCCCACCCUCCACUUCCCUCCCUCCCUCCCUCCCUCCCUCCCUCCCUCCCUCCCUCCCUCCCUCCCUCCCUCCCUCCCUCCCUCCCUCCCUCCCUCCCUCCCUCCCUCCCUCCCUCUUUCCCUCCCUUGCACCCUCCCGCGCUCCCUCGCUCCUGGCCGUCAGUCAUGUCCUCCUCGCUCCCCUCGCUUGCCUCGCCCCCUCGCUUGCCUUGCCCCCUCGCAUGCCCGCUACUCAUCGCGCCUCAUCGCUGGCCGCCCCCAUCCCUCCCCUACGGCCCUGCCCUAACCUUAACCCGUCCCUCCUUCUCUGCAGUGCGUCUACAGUUCUCACUCGCGGACGGCCUCUCACCCCCCCCGGGUUACCUGCCCUGGUCCGACGCGCCCCUCCUCUCCGCCCCCUGCGCCGCCCCUUCCGAGGCUGGGGCUGCCCCCCCUACCACCGUCCCUGCAAGCACGCCCCUUGCUGCCAACGCACAGAGCAGUGGGGAGGCCGCAGCGAAGCAGGAGGCAGGGCAUGGGGACGGGGGAGAUCGGGCUGAGGCUGCAGAGGCCACCGAGGGGGUAGGGGCAGGGGCAGGGGCAGAGGCAGGGGCAGAGGCAGGGGGGGAGGGGAGUGGAGCUGGAGAAGCAACAGAGGCGGGAGGAGGGGGCGUGGUGGUGCGUGUGGCGGGGCCGGCGUUGGGCAAGAGGGAGGAGUGCGAGGUGGUGAUGAUGGUGGGGCUGCCGGGUAGUGGCAAGUCCACGUGUGCGGAGGAGAGGGCGAGGGCACAUCCGGAAAAGCGCUAUGUGGUGCUGGGCACUGACCGCGUGCUGGCGCUCAUGCAGGUGCGCAUGGGGGGGCACGUGGGGCAAGGGGGAGGGAGGGAGAAAGGGGGGAUGAAAGGGAUGAUGGUGGUGCUGCGUGGGGAGAUGGUGAAAGGGGGGGGCGGGCAAGGCAAGCAGGGCGAGCGGAGCGAGGAGGGGUAUGGGCAGCGGUGGGCGCAGCUGAUGCCGAUGGCAUCGCAGGUGUUUGGCACGCUGGUGGAGCGCGCUGCUGCCGUGCCGCGCAACUACAUCCUGGACCAGACCAACGUGUACGCCCACGCCCGCCGCCGCAAGCUGCGCCCCUUCCACCACUUUAAGAAGGUGGCGGUGGUGGUGGUGCUGACAUACACGGAGUGGAGGCGUCGCAGUGACCGCCGCACCAAGGAGACAGGCAAGGAGGUGCCUCUUCUCACAGUGCAGGAGAUGAAAGCCAACUUUGUGUUGCCGCUGACAGCAGCGGAGUCGCGGGGGCGGGACGUGUUUGACGAGGUGCUGUACGCCGCGCUUCCUCGCCCCCAGGCGCACCGCAUAGUGGACCGCGACCGCUUUGAGGCACAGCGCCUGCUGCAGGCCACCGCCAUCACCGCCACUGGCAACCGUCCCUUCACCUCUGCUCCCCUCCUCCCUCACCACCAACACCAGCGGCAGCAGCAGCAGCAGCAGUUCCACCGGCCUUUCCCCCAGGGCCCACCCAUGCGCCCCAUGCCCCCCAUGGCCAUGGGCAGGGGCAUGGGCAUGGGCUCUGCUGCGUUGGGGCCGCCCUUCCCCGCCCUACCCACCGCGCCCUCCUCAGCUCCCCCCCGGGCCGUGCCGGCCCUCCUCCCCACCGCAUCCCGCACCACACAUCUCCCCCACUCGUGCACCCCUGCCCUGGCCCUCCCUCUCCCUUCACACCUCAAAUGCGACCCUCCGUGCUCUUCUCUCCUCCCCUCCGUCCAUCGCCUCCCAUCGGCCCUUCCCCUCGCCUCGGCCCUCCUCCUGGGAGGUUCAACCCCUCCCCCAUGCACCAGCCCAUGCCAGCGCGCCCAUCACACCUCCUCCGCUCUGCCCAUCCGCCCUCCACCUCCUCUCCAUUCCCCCAACACCGCCUCAACGCGCGCACGCCCCCUCAUGUGCGUGCGCCCAGUCCCCACACGCCUGCCCACCAGUGGGCAGGCCAGUACGUGGGUGCAUCCGCGCAACCCCUGA